AUGGUCGUGGAAAAAGUUACAAAGAUUAACAAUAAGGGAGCACUUUUCAUUUUGUUAGUUGAAAGUCAUGUGAUACUUACCAUUCUGCAUUCGGUCAAGUUUCAUAAAAAGUAUAAACGUAUCAUUAUAAGUGGAUAUGUUAUGCUGGAUGUGGACUUAAGAAAAUUCGUGAAGAAAAUAAGUUUACAUCUGAAAUUACCAGUACUUCCACUAAUGGAUGGAGACAGUUUUGGAUUUAGUAUAAUGGUUUGUUACAAAUACGGGGCCGGCAAUACUGCUUACGACAGUGAAAACAUGACCACUCCCAACCUUUAUGGGUUGGGAGUUAGACCAUCAGAUAUUGAGACAUACAACCUCCAUAAAUAUACAAAAUUCUUGACCGAACAAGAAAGGACACGUGUGCAGAAUUUACUGGAUAAACCUUACGUAAUGAAACAAGCGUCUCGGGCGAUGGAGUUAUUUAAAAACUUGAUUUUAUUGUAA